UGUUACUUUGCAUCCCCCUCCUCCUUUCCCCAGGCAGACAAUGUCCCUCCCUCACAACAGUUCAAAUACACUGCCGUCGAUUUCAAGCGCACAGAGUUACACAUGGUGCUCUGAGAUCGCUGAUGCAGCCUUCAAUGUGAAGUGGUUAAUAGCGGCUGGACCUAAGCUACUGUACCCAGAGCUUUCCUUAAGGCAAAGGUAAAGGACUUCGGGAUCGACUUCGCCGAUUUUGGUCAAUUCGAUGCUCUACGAAGAGAGCUCAAUACUCAGCAUAAGAAGCGAAAGGGAUAGAAAAGAUCCCAGCUUCCCGGCAGACUUUCCUGAUUGCAAACGGAGGCUGGACUAGGACGGAGACUACACCAGACUCGGAUCUUUUUUCUGAACUGGCAUGGUUGAGAAAUAAAAAAAAAAGCAAUUUCCCCUGCUGUUAUCCAUACAGGAUUCAAUGAAAAUGUCAGUUUAUGUCCAUGAGAAUCGCAAGUCCCGAGCCAGCACAGGCUCCAUGAAUAUCUACCUGUUCCACAAGUCCUCUUAUGCUGAUAGCGUCCUCAUGCACCUGAAUGCUCUCCGGCAGCAGAGGCUCUUCACUGAUGUCCUUCUCCAUGCUGGCAGCCGCUCUUUCCCUUGUCACCGUGCUGUCCUGGCUGCCUGCAGCCGCUACUUUGAGGCUAUGUUCAGUGGGGGGCUGAGGGAGAGCCAGGCCAGUGAAGUUAACUUCCAUGACUCCAUCCACCCCGAAGUGCUGGAGCUGCUGCUCGACUAUGCCUACUCCUCGAGGGUCAUCAUCAACGAGGAGAACGCAGAGUCGCUGCUGGAGGCAGGGGACAUGCUGGAGUUCCAGGACAUCCGUGAUGCGUGUGCCGAGUUCCUGGAGAAGAACCUGCACCCUACGAACUGCCUGGGAAUGCUGCUGCUGUCAGACGCCCACCAAUGCACCAAGCUGUUUGAGCUCUCUUGGGGAAUGUGUCUUAGCAACUUCCCCACCAUCUGCAAGACGGAGGAUUUUCUGCAGCUGCCAAAAGACAUGCUGGUCAAGCUUCUCUCCCACGAGGAGCUGGAGACGGAGGAUGAAAGACUGGUGUAUGAGUCUGCCCUAAACUGGGUGAACUACGACCUGGAGAAGAGGUACUACUUUCUCCCGGAGCUGUUGCGCACAGUCCGUCUUGCCCUUCUGCCUGCUAUCUUUCUGAUGGAGAAUGUCUCCACAGAAGAGCUUAUUAACAAGCAGCCUAAAAGCAAAGAACUGGUGGAUGAGGCUAUUCGCUGUAAGCUAAAGAUCUUGCAGAAUGAUGGUGUGGUCACAAGUCUUUGUGCUCGGCCACGGAAGACUGGCCAUGCCCUCUUUCUGUUAGGAGGCCAGACCUUCAUGUGUGAUAAGCUCUACCUGGUGGAUCAGAAAGCCAAAGAAAUAAUUCCGAAGGCUGACAUCCCCAGCCCUCGUAAGGAAUUCAGUGCCUGUGCCAUUGGCUGCAAGGUUUAUGUCACAGGAGGCCGUGGAUCAGAAAAUGGGGUAUCCAAAGACGUCUGGGUCUAUGACACCUUGCAUGAAGAGUGGUCCAAGGCUGCCCCCAUGCUUAUUGCCAGGUUUGGCCAUGGCUCUGCUGAGCUUAAACACUGUCUGUAUGUGGUAGGCGGACACACAGCUGCCACAGGGUGCCUCCCAGCAUCCCCGUCUGUGUCGCUGAAGCAGGUUGAGCAGUAUGACCCAGCGAUCAACAAGUGGACGAUGGUGGCACCUCUUAGAGAAGGGGUGAGCAAUGCGGCUGUAGUGAGCGUCAAGCUGAAGCUAUUUGCCUUUGGGGGGACAAGUGUGAGCCAUGACAAGCUACCCAAAGUGCAGUGCUAUGACCCACUGGAGAACAGAUGGACUGUACCAGCCACCUGCCCACAGCCCUGGCGCUAUACAGCUGCAGCUGUGCUGGGCAACCAGAUUUUUGUCAUGGGAGGGGACACUGAAUUCUCAGCAUGCUCUGCGUACAAGUUCAACAGUGAGACCUACCAGUGGACUAAAGUAGGUGAUGUGACUGCAAAACGCAUGAGCUGUCAAGCCGUGGCUUCUGGUAAUAAACUCUAUGUUGUUGGUGGUUAUUUUGGCACGCAGAGAUGCAAAACUCUGGAUUGUUAUGACCCGACACUGGAUACGUGGAACAGCAUUACCACUGUGCCGUAUUCACUCAUUCCAACAGCUUUUGUGAGCACCUGGAAGCAUCUUCCUGCUUAGAUAUGGCAUGAAAUCUUAAAGAUUUUUCUGUGUUCGCAACCCAUCUGCUGGAUUUCAACUGUGAAGAAGCGCACUUUUCCAUUUGGCAUGAAGGAUGAACUAAGAAAUUGAAGGCUGGGUGUGUGUGUGUGAGGGGAGGGAGGGGGUGGGGAGUUCAUGAAGAGGAUGUUUUCACUCGGAAUGUCCGUGUCACAAACUGGACGUGAAGGACCAGUCCCUUUCUUACAUGCUUUUAGGCAUUUUAGAGGCAUCAGCAUUGUCUACGUGUGUGCAAACGAAAACAGUGUUUUUGCAAAAGCUGUUGUAAUCAAAGAUUAACGUCAACUGUAAUCAGUCUCCACAAAGAAAAAAAAAGGCGCAGAGGUUUUCAGUGCUGCAGACCAAGUUGCUUGCAUUUUCCAUUGACUUGACUUUUCCGCUUGUGCGUGAGAUUUGAAAUGGCUUUCACUUCGCAUUGUGACAGUUUGAAGCACCACCGUCAGCUGUGGGGAAGCAGAGGUCUGCCCGUCGCUGGAGUGUCAGUUUGAGUGAAGAUACAGCUGAAUCUUUGUUGCUUCCUAGCAGACAAAAAUAUUAUCUCAUUGUGGACGUUGUGAGACUGAGCUAUAUGGUUUGAAGGGACAAAGCCCAGCAAGUGUUUUUAAAACACCAUGAAAGACCGAAAGGGGCCAAUGUUCUAAUCCAUAGUAAAAAAAAAAAGUAUAAAGGUCAUUUUUAAAGAGCAUAAUACUUGUCUGAAAAUACUGGCUUUAAUGUGUGUUUUUAUUUAUAUACAAGUUCUGUUUUUUUAUUAUAAGAAUAUAUUUUUUCCUAGUUCAUUGUAUUUAUUGUUUUGCUGCUUGUGUUCACACACAACAUCCAGAGGAUUGUGUAGUACAUUGCAUGGCCACCUUUUUUGUUUGUUUGGCUGGGCUCAAUCAUUUUGCACAUUUUUGAUGUCUUGGACGUUGAAACUGCAGUUUUGUAAGAAACGCUUAUCUCUGUCCCCUUUGCCAUAGGGCAAGGCCUCCAACCAGGAGAGGAUGUGAGGUUGUUAGGGUGUCUCAGGAAUCAAGCAGUCGGAAAUGGAAGGAUUACAAGGCCAGGAACUUCAGUGGCACCAGUCGGAAAAAGCCUGAUUCUAAUCGUCAAAAGUGGCUUUCCAAAGCCAGCAGGCAGCAGGGCUGUACAGCAUGUCUAAGGAUGAAACUGAGAAAGGUGCACUAACUCAAAAAUGAGAAAAGGCCUAGACUAGAAUUUCUAGGAUUAGUGCUUGCUUCAAUAAAGCUCAGUUCAUUGAUGGCAUCUAACCCCCCCCAACCAUCUAACCUCUUAUGAACUGAAAAGGAGGUGAAACCACCAAUUGAUAUGAAGAUAACAUAGAGUGUAAUGACUGAGACCAUAAUAUAGUCUAGAAAGGAGAAAAGGAAGCUUAUUCAUUGCCUGCAGUAGAAGAUGAGGUCCAGUUUGGCAGGAAUAUUUAGGAGUGAUGGGGAAGUAAAAAAGAAGUAGUCAGAUGAUUCCAGCAGGAGGAAAUAAGAUUGCAGUUUUUGACUGGCAUUUGGUGGGAAUGAGUUUGUGGCUCGCUGCCAGUAGUGUACAGGACUGGAGGCUGGUACUCUCUGAUAGAGUACAUCAUAUGAUGAGUGCCACAGAAUGUUUUGUCUUGAGAAAACCACAUUCUUUUGGCGUCGCAGCAGUGUUGGUUUAUUCCUUGAUGUUGACUGCACCUAUACCAAAAAGAAAAGAAAAAAAGGCUAACCUACAAUGCAUAUCAUGUCUAAACGGGAAUCAAGCAUCAAGCUGAGUAAAAGCUCUAUUGUAGGAAAAGAAACGUAAUCAGAAUAUAACGAAAACUUUUUCCGUAUUUUAUAAACACAUCUGUCUGUUUUUGCCUUGAUGUCACUAUGAUUUAUAUUGAGACUUCCAGUUUGUUUCAUUAUAGUAUUCAGGCCUAUAUGCUACACGCAUAGCUAUGCAUUCUGCUCUAGUUUAUUACUCGGGGUGAACCAGGGGUGAACAUGAAUAAUAGUCAGGGAGUAUUUUUUGUUGUAAGAUGUUUUGUAGAAGAAUAAGUGAAGAAAGUAUGGAAAACAACAGAGAAGUCUGACAUAAAUUUUACUAAUGUAAAUGGCAGUGAAGUGUGAAUAUUUUCCAAGGCACUUAAACAUUUAAACACAGACAUCAUUAAACUCUUAUGAGUGCAGAGAAAAAAAUAAACUGAAGUAAUAAGAUAAACUAAGAUGAGGAUUUGGGAUUUGUUUGGUACCAAGAGGUUCAUGAACAUCUCUGUGAUGUUAAAACCCAAAGUUGGCUCUCUAAACGAUUAAGUGGAUAUUUUUGUCAGAAACAAUUGGAUGAUGGGUUUUUUUGUGUGUAGCUGGGUAAAUGUUUCAUCACCUGUCUUCCUUCAAACUCUUGCAUUGCAGAGUUUCGCUGUUCAAUCCAUUUUCUUUAGCAAAAAUAACAUUGUUUUUAACAUAAUAGAACAAAAAUGCCAAAACAUCUAAACAGAAUGUUGAACCUAAUUGGAACGUGAUGACACUUCGUCUUGCGGUGUGUGGGCUGGCUAUAUCAGCUCCCAACAGGUGGAUGCACAUGAGGACCCCUGUUUUAUGGAAGUGAUGUGGGAAUUCUGGCAUGCUGUUCAGCCACUCCAAAUUUGCAACACCCCUUGUUUGAAACCACAAGCAAUUCACAGCACACUGCACUUCAAAACCAUGACAUCAGAUAAGGGGGUUCUUCCUAUUUUGUCCAUGAGUUGCCUUAGAAACACUUAACAAAGGACAGCCUUCCAUUUCCAGUGUAAUUGUGAGUGUUUUUUUUUCACAAGGCCUGACACCUGUCCGAGUAAGACCGAUUAGAGAUGAAUAAUGUCUUUGCCCUGACUGAGUUAGAUGAGUUUCAAAAAUAUGUUGGUGCACGAACUGACAAUGUAUUGGUGUUUUUAUUUUUCUUCUGUUUGUGGACUACUGCUGUUUAAUAUUAUUUUGUAAAAGUGGAGUUUUUUUUCACAAUGUGAAAUUCAUGGCUAAUAAACUUUGAGAGUUUUUCUCUUU